CCCGCAGGACUGGCCGCCCGCGACGCGGGACGUGAGUUCCGACACUUUGACGUCGUUUUAUUCGUGUCCGCGAAGAAACAGCGUGGCUUUUUGGCUUUAAUUUUUUUUUUCUUUCGCUCGCACCGGGCGCCCGCCGCGAGCUCCCCGCAAACAUUUUGCGCGUCUGCGAGCGAUGCUUGGCGCGUCGUUCCGUCCCAGCAUGCAGCGCACACCGCGCACUGGGCAUGCGCAGUUGCGCGCUACGCCCGUAGUUCGCUUCGGAGUCAACUCCCUUGUGUCCGCUGACGGCCGGCUCCCGGCACAGCGCUCCGCUCGCGGUUGUUGAUAUUUUUUUUUUCUCGCUCCUCGGCUCGUUCGGCGCUGAAGGCACGUCGAAAGAACGCAUCCCCGGCAGCAGGUGAACGAGUUUUUUCCAACAUGCCUGGAACGCCGAAGCACAAGGAGAUAGUGCUCGACACGAUCGACCAACUGCGAAAGCGCAAAGCGCGGCCGGACUUCGAGCGCAUUUGUCACAUGCUCUACCGGCGGCAUGGGCUGACCAAAGCGGAGGUUCAAGAGGAGCUCGACCUGCUCGUCGAUUCCGAGGCGGUGAUCAAAGUGGACUACAAGGGCAACACGAGCUACCGCAACGCUGCGAAAUGGGUUCGCUUCAACAAGUCUCUUUCCUCGGACACCGGCGCCGCUGCGGCCGCGGCCGCUACGGCUGUCGCCGUCGGUUGCGGCGGGCCGCAGCCGACCACGUUCAAGGUAAGCCGCGCGAUCGGCGACGCCGUCCGGGACCUGUGGUUCGCGAGCAAGCAAAGCGUCGACGCCGCGGACACCGGCGGCGUGUCGGCCGCCGAACUGGACGCCUACUUGCAAGCGAGGGACUUCAAGUGCACCAAGGGAGCGCUCGAACUCGGCAUCGACAAGGAACUGGCGUCCGGCCGACUCGUGCGCCUGCCCAGCGGCAAGUUCGCGCCGAGCGAAGCGGAGAAGCAGCGGGCCGCCAAAAUCGCGGCGGCGGCGGCGUGCGCGCAGCAGCCGACCGCGUCGCCCCCCAAGGCCCCGCGCGUCGUGAAACCGUUGUUGCAGCAGGCGUGCGAAAGCGGCUACGCCGUCCCGCCGAUCGGUGCGACCACGGCAACGUGCUCCGCUCAGCCUCCGGCUGCCGGUCCCACCACCGCCGCCACGAGCAACGGAACAAACGGCGUGCUCGUCGUCCGCGCACCGACUUCGCCGACCGGCCGGACGACGACCGCAUCGGCAUCGCUGUCUUCUCCGCCGAGCGCCAAACGAGCCAGGCCCCUUAGCAAACGCAAGAGGAUCAAGAAGACGCAUGGGCCGGACUUCCUGGAGAACCUGGACAGUCCGACGAUGGAUGUGACCGAGUUCUUCGAGGAGGACGAGCCGCACUGCUUCGUCUGUUACCUCUCUGUGCCGCCGACCAGCAACGACUACAAGGCACUGCUCAUCUGUCGAGACUGCAACACUAAAGCUCAUCCUUCCUGCCUCAACUACUCUGCGGAACUAGCAGCUGCAGCCCGGCUCGCAACGUGGCAGUGCGUCGACUGCAAGACGUGCUCGGGAUGCAGCGCGACUACUGACAAUGACGAACUCAUCAUUUGUGACGGCUGUGAUCGAGGUUACCACAUGGUGUGCCACAGGCCCAAGCUGACGCACAGGCCACAACGCAAGUGGCUGUGCAAGGCUUGCUGUGAUGUCACGAAGAAGACUGCUGGUGUCAAGAUCAAAACUGAAGUGGACAACUCGGUCGGGCUCCCGACACCAUGCGACUCCCCCGUGCCAGACGAAGAGCUCAAGGGCUUCGACGGAGAGCACACUGACCUGUCGGCGUACUACAUAGCCCUGGACAAAUACCCAGAUGUCGUUCCAGAUGCCAAGGACUGGUCUGUCGAAGAAGUCGAGAAGUUCUUUGUGCACAUCGGCUUCCCAGAACAAGCGGUUGCCUUCAGGGACCAGGAAAUCGACGGCCGCUCUUUGCUCCUGUUGAAGCGUAGCGACGUCCUCACGGGCCUCUCUCUAAAGCUGGGGCCUGCGCUCAAGAUCUACAAUCACAUCAAGAGGCUCCAGACGGGGUUGCCAAACGGACACCUCUGCUGAAACCGGACCAGUCACAAUGCACCCAAAUCUUUCUCGUUUGUUCAUAAGCAUGCGAUGCCAUUGUACAUAUGUAGACUACGAAGGAAGCGCUCCCAACCACCAUUGAAGUCUAAGCAGCUUGAGGAAGGGUCGGGACGUCAUUCUUUCGUCAUUUGUGUGUUGGUGAGAAACUGCUGUGCUCUCAGAGUUGACUUCAGUGAAGAUUGAGAGGUUGGUAGAAUGCCAUUGAGUCAAGUGAAAGCGGCAUUAGUUAAAGCAGGUCACUGAUGAGAGUAAUGGCGUGAACAAGAUUCAAGUGUUACAGUGCAAGAAAAGACGAGGCACAAAGAAGGCGCUGAGGGGGCACGCCGAAUAGUGAUUGCCCGAGUACCUAAGCUUAAUUCUCCAGCACGUGACAGCAGUAACCAGAUACUUUGGUUCUCAUUUUGUGUUUUUGUUAAAGCAAUUAUUUUUUUUGUUUGUGUGUGUGUAUGUGUGUGCUCUACUGUAUAUAAAUGUUUGUUCAGUUAUCUAUGAGGCCUAGUUGGUUGUCAUCACUCUGUGUGGCCCUCAUUUCCUGUUUUGCGCCUUUUCUUUUUUUGCAUUGUAAUACUUGAGUGUACAACUUCCAAGCCUAAACCUUACUUAAAAAAUAAGUUGAUGUUUAUGGAUCUAGACAGACGUCUUAGUAACAGUCAAACAGUAGUUUCAAAAUGCAGAUAUAUGCUCGAGCAUCCAACCUAUCAAAUGUCUGGACUGGCUGAUGAUAGCAUCUAACCUAGCAAAUGUUUGGCGAUAGCAAGCUGGAGAGUACUUUGGAACCCAGUGCAAAGGUCACAUUAAAUAGAAGGCAACAGCCUGAAGUGUGAUUUGCUCUCUGUGGUGUCCAUUGGCCUUCCACAUCAUUUGUCCUUUGUGCUUGGUCCCACUACUUUUCGCCACAUGCGUUCGACCUCGACACUUGUUUGCAUUUUGAAAUGUGAUCAGUUACCUGUUUUACUAAGGAGAGUUCACACUUCGACAUAAAAGUGAGGAGUAGAGAGGUGCGCCUGCUCUCUUCUACGAAUUCAACAGCUCUCUUCUACGGAUUCAACAGCACCGAUGUUGACUGUGAAAGUGCCGCUGACAAAAAGUUGAAACGAAAAGGAACUGCCACAUGUGCACUCAUUGGUGGGAUAACCACCCUUCCUACAGUUUGUGCUGCAGGCCUAUGCUGCCAACAGUGAAGUUCAAUUUGGAGCUGUUGUUUUACGGGGCACAUUACAGCUUGAGACAUUUUUAAGUCCUUUGGACGCAUUUCGUCCUUCUUUUAUUUAAGCAUUCUGCAUUCUUGCUUGUUAUGUUUCUUUCGUGGUGUUAGAAAAAUUUGAGAGCAUGGACACGUAGUUUGACUGUCGUUGGCAUGUUGUGGGCAGCAGAGUGAGAUUUACUGUAACUACAAAAGACGGGUGUAGCAAUUGUCAAAACGCGUGUAACUUUGUUGCCUUUAGUGUAAAAGAAAAAGAAUGUUGUUCUAACUUCCCCGAGACAAGGUUGAUGUUUGCUGCUGUGUUGUGUGGCAUUUAGAGUUGGGAAACCUUGCGAGUAUACUUAUGGAAACUGUGCAUCAUUUUCACAGUAUGGGACUGUCCAAGUGCAAACCACAUUUACAAGCUCUAUAUGAACUUGUCCUUACCUCCUUCUCAAGUCUUUUCAUGAACCUUAGGUUGAUGGCGCUUCCACUUCACAGAGUAGUGUGCAACAGUUGCAACAGCCUAGUACUUUGUGGCUUGCCUUUUCAUUGAAUAUACCGUAUUUUUGUGCGUAUAACCUGUCCACGUAUGUAAUCUGCAAUCCCCAUUUACAACUCUCGUAAAAGGCAAAAAAAAGAUACCCCUUUCCCCUCCUUCCCAUGUAUAAUCCAUGCAAAUAACUCUAUACAAUGUUCGCAAGUUUUUGUUAAAGCAAUCGGGUACAGAGUGAAGACCCAGAAAACAAUUUUGACUGAUACGUCGAUGCAUUGCCUCUUUCACUGCUACUUCCUAUUGAAAUGUAGUAUGGUAGCUUCAGAACAAUGUGAAGCGCAUUCGUAAGUAAAAUUUUACUUUUAAUUGUGGCUUUUUAUCAUUGUUCGCUUCGUGUUGUUAUGAAGCACCAGCGCCUUAUGGCAAACUUUCUGUGUAAAACACACACCCCACUUUGUACGUAAAUUUCUUCAGUAUGUUUAGUGCAGAUCAUACGCACAGAAAUAUGGUAGGCAUGCAGCCAAGCUAUUGCAUAUUUCCAGGUAGCACGGAGACGUGUGGCAACGUUACAAUGCCUGGCUGCAUUCUGGCGGGCUGUAGUCGGAAUCCGGUGCUUCUCUUGACUUUUGCUGAUAUACUUCUGUACAAAGUAGAAUGACUCAGACGAGAGUGGUCAAAGGGAUCAAGGAAUGGAUGAGCUUUAGAGGCAUUAGCAUAAACAUGUGUAUUUGAAGCAACUUAGCGUCUGCAACCGUUUUUCAUAGUGGGGACAUCUCGGCUUCUCCACCGGCAUAGCUGUCUUUUGGAUGUUUGGCCAAAGUGACCUGCCGCAUGUUGCACACUAAGGUUUUUUGUGGAUUCUUCGGCACAGCUGCUGAUGACGGACGAGAGCCACUCAUUGUCAUGUACGAGCAUGCGUACGUGUUUUAUGCAACAUUGUUUCAGCCACGUCAGCUGCCUUACUUAGUGCGAUGCAUUUUGCGUCGUCUUGGAAUAUUGAACUACAUCGCACUUUCUUCGCGGUGGCGUGCCUCUGGGCACACCACUCGGCUUCGCCUGCACGCUUGGAAUUUGUCGAAUUUGUCCUCAAAGUGUUGUGAACGACACUGCCUAAACUCCGUUUCGUCACCAGCAGUUGUGACCACAGUGAAUUCGUGAACAAAACUUCACUGUGCAACAUGUGGCGAUUUACCUUUGCAUAGUGGAUAGUGAGGUGGGCCAAGCUGAACUUUAUAUCAAAGUUUGUGCAAUAAUUAUAGACGAAAGUGACUGGUCUGCGCGCUUAUUUUGCGCGAUGCCACGCGAGUGCUCAAAUGUGCAGAGAUUGUGACAAGAUUGGCCACUUCUUGCCAGAGGUAUUGCAGUGACUUGCAGUUACGAUAGAAUGUUCUCAUCCUGUGAAGCUGAAAGGGACAUGACCAGCUUAUUCAGGUGUUGGCAAAAUGGUUGCUGUACAUAAUGUUUAUAGGACACAGGAGAAGCUAGCACAUCGUUAUAGUAGUUAAUAUACUUUCUUUAUGGCUUUUUCCAAAGAAGCACAAGGUGCUCCAAUACUAAUGCACGGAAUACCAAGCUUUGUCAUCUUAAUUGUGCCAUUGCUUGGGGUACAGUUUUGUAGCAGGUCAAUUGGCCAUUUAAUUACAAGAGUCUACUGUUAUAAGACUGUUCGUGAAUGAUCACAGUAUAAAUUAAACAAAGAAAGCACCAAGCACACUAAAAACUAAUAGGUUGAAGACAAAGAAUGCUUCAGCAACCACACAGGAGCCUUGAGAAGUACUUUAGUUUUUUGGCGUUUUAGUUAUUUACUGUAGUGACCAUCUUUGUGUUCUACUAGUGCCGUAACAGCUUUCAUUGCACAGUGCACAUAUAUCGCCCGAGUCUCGAAGCUAAGUGUGCCCAAGUUGAGCUCAGCACCUACAUGAAAGGUUCAUUAAUUUCGGUGCGUGGCAAGAAGCAACGCCUGAUACAUUACAUCGCAGCAACGUGCCUCUUGUCAGAUGACUGCUCGACCGUGAUGAUGCGUGCUAGUGUCAGCUGUCCCUCCCGUUUGGCUUCAAAUCGCAUGGCUAUAGUACCUGUAGAAAUGCAUGACGGGCGCCACAGUAUAACGGUCGUGCGGACCCCAUCGAUUACGAGAGCCGCUCUCGAGUGCCAUUCUUUUUGUGUUCACAUCCGAGCAUUCAUAGUACAGCUUAGUUGCACAGCUGUUUGAUCUACAUGUGUGAGCACGAUGAUGUCUGUUGAAAAUGCUAUCAAGUUGCAUUGAAUGUUGCAUAAGUAAGGGAGCCUUAUAUAAAGUACUUUUCAGGCUAACUGCUAGUUCAUUUGUGCUCGUAUUCUGUACAGAGGUGGCAUUUAGAUAAAACGGAUUUAGCAUUGCGCAAGUGCUCUACCAUUACCCCUGCUAUCUUGGCCACCCGUCAGCAUUAUGCAUACUAGGCGAGUCGCACCAGGUGUACACAUGCCAUGGACAAGCUAGCAUGCACAAAGCAGGCAGGUAACCAAUAUGGUAGCGGCGAUACUGUGUGGUACUAGUGCUGUCCUUAAAGUAUCUCGGGCUGUUUUUUGCAUGCAGAUCUUGCCUUGUAAAUUCGGAAUGAUUCAAAAGUACACAUCUGUUUUUGUGGUGCUGGACUAAGAAAAACAAUUUUAUUCAGGAAAAGCAACGGUGGCUUCCUCUAUCCUGGAAGAGCGAAGCGCUCGUGAAGCAGGCUAUGUAGAGUGGCCGCUGUUCCUUAAAACAAGAAAUUUAAAAUUUCCCACCAAGCGUUGAUGCAAAUGGCCUGUAUUUUUUAUUCUUUUUGGAUGCAGCAGGCGUGUAUUGCAUACAAAUGUGGUAUCAAGUGGAAUUUAUCAUUGAAUUCAACCUCCACAUGAAAAUCGAGUGCAAAUGAACAAGCAAUCAAGCUAGAAGAGUCAUCCUUGUGUGCUGUACUCCUUUAUUGAAGCAACAUAUAAUAUUCUUGCCUGGCUGCGAGAUUUGUAGCGCCCGUGUGUGGCCUCUUUUUUUUUUGUCUUCUUGUGUGCCAUUGAACAAUUUUUCACUUGUCAUUGUCACCUGCCCGGCGAAAGGGCGAGAGCAUUGUAUAAACAAGACAGACAUAUAUGUUGAAUAAAGUUUGUUGAAUAAGUUAA